AUGGACCUCAAAAACAUUAUUCUUCCGUUCCAAGACACCUCAACGCAAUGGGACAUCCGAGUAGACGAAGGAGUAGUGACCUCCAUGAAACCAGCCGCUGGCAAGACAUUACCUAGCGUAAUGCUUCCUUCACUCUGCCAUCCUCAUAUCCAUCUUGACAAACCAUAUCUUCUUACCUGCAACCACCCAAAAUCCUCAAACCACCCAGAUUACUCUGAUCUGGCUCCCAAAACAGGAGGGUUUCAAGAAGCCUUGGCCAAUACAGCUGAAGCGAAGAAACGCUACACCGAGGAGGACUUGUACAUACGAGGCUCUCAGCUUAUAGCGACAAGUUACAAACAAGGUGUUACAUUCAUGAGAGCCUUUGUUGAGGUUGACUCCGUCACUGAGCUGAAGACUUUGGAGGUCGGACUGCGGUUGAAGAAGGAAUUCGAAGACUUUCUGGAAGUACAAAUUUGCGCUUUUGCACAGGAUCCUAUAUUCUCGACGGAGAAGGGAGAGGCAAACCGAGCAAUGUUGGAGAAGGCGCUUGAACGUUUCGGUUCGGAUAUCGAGGUCAUUGGGAGUACUCCAUAUGUGGAAUCUGAUCCUGAAGCGCAGAAUCAGAAUAUUCGGUGGGCUAUUGAGACCGCAUUGAAACAUGGGAAACAUCUCGACUUUCACAUUGAGUUCAAUUUGGAGGGCGAUGGAACCCAUAUGUCUGUUUUUGAUCACGUCAUUGAAGAGCUCAAGCGUCUGAAGUGGCCUACACAUCCCGGUGCUCCAACUGUUGUUUUUGGGCAUGCUACAAGACUUACUCGUGCUUCGCAUGAUGAUCUCGUCAAACUGUCGCAGAAGCUGAGAGAGACAAAACUGCCCGUUCAUUUCGUCGGACUGCCAACCAGCGACCUCUACAUGAUGGGCAGACACGGUUCGGAUCGUCCGGAACAGAGCGAACCGCUCAGUCGACUAUGCGGUACUAUCAUGGUACCAAAGCUAAUCAAAGAUUUUGGAAUCAACGCCUGCUUGUCAGUCAACAACGUUGGCAACCCAUUUACUCCCCACGGCGAUGGCGAUCCUCUAAAAAUAGCCAGCUUGGGAGUUGGGUUAUUCCACGCCGGAACAGUCGAUGAUGCAAAGAUAUUGUAUGAAGCUGUCAGCACGCGAGCAAUGGACGCUUUGAACCCAAGGACUGAAGGACAUCAUGCUAUGUUCACAUUAGCGGAAUUCCGCCCGAUGAUGCCGAUGCUGCUGUACAAGAAUGAAGAGAAUAUGGAGAUCAGAUCGGAACUUCGUAGCAUCCAGGUCCCGGCGCGGCAAAGGCUUAGCAUCCAGGAUAUUGUCUGGGAUCCGCCAGAAACACGACUUAGAAGCAUCGUUGGAUAG